AUUAAAUUAAAAAAUGAAAACUAGUAAUUGAAGGGAAAAAAAAGGGCCCAAGAGCGAACUCCCUCCCACCACCCCCAAUCCUCAGCAACCCCAAACCAGACGGCCACCAAAACUCCCACCCACCCAUCCAGCCGGCAGCAAUCCCCUCUCCUUCUCACCGCCGGCAAAGCAUUUGCCUCCUUUUCUCUACCUCUGUCCCCCCUUCUCUCUCUCUCUCUCUCUGCUUCCCUCUCGAUCUCACUCUCUUUCAAAGAAGAAGAGCAGGGGAAGAAUAUAGAUCUUGAUCCAAAUCUCUCUGCAGCCUGCAACUGACGAGGAUUUUUGUUAUCUGAGACAUGGAUAGGGACCUCCCCAAUAUAAAGAGAUGGGUUGUGAUAUAUCCUGUUUAUAUUAAUUCAAAGAAAACCGUAGCUGAAGGGAGACGAAUAAGUGUCGAGAAAGCGUGUGAGAGUCCUACUUGCGCUGAAAUCGGUGAUUGCUGCAGCCAUUUCAAGCUCCCAUUUGCAAUUGAGAUAGAUAAGGCUUAUCCGCGGGAUUUUAUGCAAAUAGGGAGAGUGAGGGUCUUGCUGAAAAGGGAAGAUGGAACUCCAUUUAAUCCAGCCAUUACAACCAGGAAACAGCUGAUGCUUAAAGUUGCCGAGUUGGUUCCUAGACAUCCUGGCAGGACUAAGAAGCAGGAGCCUGCUGCAUCCGCAUCAACUGCUGGACCAUCCAAAUCUGGGAAACAUGGAAAGAAAAAGAGAUAGCUCCAGAGUCUCACAAAUCACUCAUAACUUUCCCUUUGACAUUAAACUCUACUGGAAUGCAAAGGCUCCCAUUUAGCAGGAUCCUAAUUUUCAAUCAGUCGAAACUCAAUGCCAGUUUAGACAUUAUACCUUGGUUAUGGUUGAAAUUACAUACACAACAUAAACCAACAUAUGUGUAGAGGAUGAUUUAUUUGGUUUGGUUUAACAUUUCCUUCUUUUGGGAAAUUUGGAGAUA